UAGUCAUUUGCCCGAUUCCUAGAAUACUCCCACAACUCUGUCACCACGUCUCUCUCUCUCUCUCUCUCUGUCUGUGUUGCAGAGUCCAAUUCAACCUCCAAUUCCCCCGUCCCUUCCUGCCCAUAAUCAUCUACCAUCAACUUCAUCAUAUGGGCCUGGUCGUGUUGCGUAAUUCCCCGCUAGUUUCUGUUUAUGUCUGAGAACGACCGAUCCGACGGCAUUGUUGUCGGCGGCGGUGAUGGGUCCGAUCGGAGGGACGAUGAUCGAAUUAAGGAGGAGACACGAAAUGGGUUCGGAUCGAAAUUGGGAAAGGAGAAGCGUGUUCCAAGAUUUCGAUUCAGAAAGAAAAAGAAGGGUUCUUCUAAUCCUUCUCCUUCGACUGUUCGCAAAUUAGGUAAUAAUUUUUGCUGUUUUAAGCAAACCCCAACUUUGGAUUCUCCUGCCGAUGCGUCCCCAACGAGUGACCCAAACAGUCCAGCGUUUACUCAUGAGUUGUUGAGGGAUUUGAUUGAAAAGAAUGAUUUUUAUUCCAAAGAAUGCAAUCACCACCGGGAUAUAGAUUGUGUAAAAGGUAAUUGAAAGAACUCAUUAAAUUCUUUUCUUGUAUUGGUAUUCAAUUUUAUGUACAGAAUUGUACAGUUGAUUUUUCUGUAUCCAAAGAUUGAGUUGUGGUUUUCUUCUGUUGUAAAGUUAGUUCGUAGUGCUCUGAUUUGGGUUUUUUGGCUUUUUGACUAAUGUGCAAGGUACUGAUGAUUAGUAUGAGUAAAUUUUCGACUUUGCUA